GGGUAGAGCGCCCGUCGAUGGCCGGCGUAUCAUCGUCAUCCCGUCGUGAAGUCGCGGACGGACGCGGUUGCUUGCUCAUAAGAGCUCGGUCUUCGGUUCCGGACUUCUCUCGUCCGACUUGCUUCUUCUACCUCCUCCCUCCGCUUCAUCUUCUCCUGAUCUUCUUCUUUCAUCUCCCUUUUCCGCUUCGCGAUACCCUCAGACGACCCUCAUAAGCCAUUGUCUCUGCUGUUGCUGUUACUUGACGGCUUAAACCUUGUGUGUUCGGCUUAAGCUCUUGUCCUUUCUCUUCUUCCCCUCUCCUUCAUUCCACAUCCUACACCCCCAAAAUCAGACACAAUGGCCGCCAACGGUAACAAGAUGCACGAGUCCGAGAAGGUCAACACAAACAUUGUGACCCUCACUCGCUUCCUCACUGAGGAGCAGGCCAAGCACCCUGAGGCUACUGGUGACUUUACCCUGCUUUGCCACGCCCUCCAGUUCUCUUUCAAGUCCAUCGCCUACUACAUCCGACGCGCCACCCUCGUCAACCUGACCGGUCUGGCUGGUUCCUCCAACAUUACCGGCGACGACCAGAAGAAGCUCGACGUCAUCUCCAAUGACCUCUUCAUUGAGGCCAUGCGCUCCUCAGGCAAGUGUUCGCUGCUCGUCUCUGAGGAGGAGGACGAGAUCAUUUACUUCCGCGACGCCAAGGACGCUCACUAUGCUGUCGCCUGCGACCCCAUUGACGGUUCUUCCAACCUGGACGCUGGUGUCUCUGUCGGCACCAUCUUUGGUAUUCACAAGCUUCCUCCCGGUUCCAAGGGUGUCAAGGAGGAUAUCCUGAAGCCUGGAACUGAACUUCUAGCUGCCGGUUUCACCAUGUACGGUGCCUCGGCCCAGCUGGUCAUCACCAUGCGUGGCGGUACCGUCAACGGUUUCACUCUUGACAACGGUAUCGGCGAGUUCAUUCUGUCGCACCCCGACAUGCGCCUGCCCAAGUCGCGUGCCAUCUACUCGGUCAACGAGGGUAACUCCCUGUACUGGGAGGACAAGACGAUCAGCUAUUUCAACUCACUCAAGCUGGCCCAGGACAACGGCAAGCCCUACAGCUCGCGUUACAUUGGUUCCAUGGUUGCCGACGCUUACCGAACCCUACUCUACGGAGGUAUCUUUGCUUACCCCGCCGACAAGAAGAGCCCCAAGGGCAAGCUCCGUAUCCUGUACGAGUGCGCGCCCAUGGCUCUUGUGUUUGAGAAUGCUGGUGGCCAGGCUGUCGACAACAACAUGAAGCGAAUGCUCGAGGUGGUGCCUGAGCACAUCCACGACCGAGCCGGUAUCUUUAUGGGUAGCUACGACGAGAUUGAGCGGGUCAAGUCUUUCCACAAGUAAGGUGUUCUUUGCUAUGCGAUGCUAUGUAACAAAUUGUUUGGUUGGGGGGAUCAUGGAAGCAGUAAAAUACCAAAAAGCGAACAUCAUGAAUGAAAUGAGCAUUUAAUG